GUACAUACGCCAAUUCUUGAGCCAAGGUCAAGUGAUGCUUACGUCACCUGCAGACCUCGACGGCUUGUUUACCAUUUACGCUGUGCGGUAUUGCUUGUGUUUUUGUUAAUUCGAAAAGGUCGUACAAGUGAUUGAAGAGUUGGAAAUUCGUUUUUUACUUAGUUCUACGUUUUAAAAACUAUUAUUUGUGUGUAUUGUAUAUGUGGAGAAUAGUGAACAAAGACAAUAUUAUUGUUUAAGGCAAAAUAAUCUUGUGAGACUUUCAAGGGUAGGUAAAAAUGUUUUGUUAUAUUAAAGCUGGAUUUAAAUAGCAAAAUAAAAAUUAAAAUCCAAGUCAGUUACUGGCUGAAAGAAAACCAGCUGAGCAGAAAUGACAAUUUAAUUGGCUUAUUUAAAUUUCUAUUCUUUAUACACCACAAUAAAAAAUUAAAAAAAUGGGCGAAUCAUAACAGCGUUUUUGGUCGGUUGGUUUGCAUUUGUCCAGCAACUAAUCUAGAUUUUUAUUUUACUUUUUUUUGCUAAAUGAAACUUUGUUUGUUUGAUUUUAGUGCAUGUAGUAUAUGUCCAAAAAUCAAAAUGCCUGGUACACGUUGUGCUGUGUAUGGUUGUGGUAAUACCUAUAAAACAAGGCAGCAAGAACAUGAAUAUUUUAUAUUUCAUCGGUUUCCCAAAGCUAAAGAUCUUGUUUCCCAAACUAUGAGAAAAGAAUGGAUAUUACGAUGCAAACGGGAAGAUAAAUUUAACCCUGAUACUAGCUACAUCUGCUCAGUUCAUUUCACAGAAAAGGAUUAUGAAAGAGACUUACAGAAUGAAUUAUUAGGUUUACCACUACGAAAAAUAUUGAAAAAAACCGCAGUUCCUACUUUGGGAUUGUAUUCAAAAAAAUCAACAAGUGAAGCUAGUAGUUCAAGCAUCAGUUCCAGAGAAGAAAGACUGGUAUCUUAGGGUCAGGUGUCAACACUGAUGAAAAAGUACUGGAAGAGUACAUCGCCCCAAAUGUUUUGAAAACUGCGAAUGUUGCCAGUGAAGCUGAGCAGUCCUUUGAUAUUAACGAAACGCAAGGCAGUUCUUCUUUUUCAUCAGUUUCAUCUGAUUUAUCCUCAUGCUCAGAUUAUCAUCAAAAUUCACAGGAAACGACUAAUGAUGCUCUAGACUAUAUUGCUGGUUAUCUUGCUAAAAAAUACAAAAAUAUUUUUCCAAGUCUGGGUGAUUUUACAUACGAAAUGACACAAGAACACUCGUAUGUACUUAGUAUUCCUUCUUGGAUUCAACAACUGUCGUACGGUGGUCUCACUAAGCCAUCAGAAGAAUUUUUAAAAAAAGUUAAAACUUGGAACACUUAUUUUGAAAGCCAUCAUGGAGAAUCGUUCAGAAAAGGGCCAGGUGUUGUUUUUAAUUUAGCAAAGAAAAUCUUUAAAAAAGAUUCGAACUAUCCAUUUAAAAUAAUUAAGGCUUUUUGUAAAUUAAGGACUAUAAUCAGAAUAAAUUUUAGAAAUCUAAAAGCUAAAUUUGAAAGCACGAAUUUGAAGAGAAAGUCUGUAAAAGGGGAUGAAGAUGACGGCAGAAAAACUGGAAAAAAAUGUUCAAAAUUACUCAUUGACAGAUUUCUACCUAUCUCUUUAUUUUAUAUAUAUCUGAUAUUUUAUUAUUUUUCUUAAAUUUAAUAAUUUAGAUUAUUAUUAGAAAUAUUUUUCAUAAAUCAGUUUAAAUCAUUUCAUUUGUUUUUACUUUUUAAUUUUUAGUUUAAAGUUUGUUAAUGGCUUCUGUUUUACUAAUUAUAAAAUACAGAUCAUUUUAAAAAAUAAUUCAUUUUCCUUAAUUUCUUUUCUUCAUUGUAUACCUAUUAUAAAUGGAAUUUAAAAUUAACUGAAUAAUUGGAAAUUGGAUUUUAAAUUAAUAUUAAUUCAUAAUAAUGAAUAAAACUUAAAAAAA